CAGAACAGAGAGGGAGAGUAGAGUGACCCUGCACACAGUGUUCAUUCAGCUCAGACCACCAAACCAUCAGGACCACGGAGGACUAUAACCAUCAGGACCAGAUAUAUCAGGACUAGACCUGAAGCUUAUUGGGACCAGAUUCAAAGACCAGACUGAGGACAAGAACACCAACCUGCUCCUCAGUGAGAACUUUUACUUUCUGUUGGAUCUCCUCAAAAGACACCAGAGAGACUGUGGGGACUUAAUCUGAAGGAUAUUGAACUGUUCACUACUGAGUGCCUGCCCUGCAGAGACAGACCGACUCUACCGUCUCUACCAAAUAUACUGAUUCUACUGGAACAGUUUCAGCCAGAACCCAUCAUGUCCUCUCUGUUUGUCAUGUUCUUCUUCAUGGCCACCAGUCUUCUUGUUGACGCCUCUCCAACAGUCUCUCCAGCUCCAGAGGUAUAUGUGGCAUCUCAGCUCCAGGAGGGGCCGCUGUCCUCAGACUGUCCAUCCUGCUCUUUGUCUCAGAUGAGAAGGAACUCGUCCUUGUCAGGAGGACAGACUGACAUGGUGGAGGCAGUGAAGCGUCACAUUCUCAACAUGCUGCACCUGAGUGCUCGGCCCAACUUGACGCAGCCGGUCCCACGCGCUGCGCUGCUCAACGCCAUCAAGAAGCUGCAUGUUGGCCGCGUGGCAGAAGAUGGCAGUAUAGAGAUCCAGGAGGAGGGCCAGGGUCCCGGGGCCCCCACACCACCUGAACCACCAUCUGAAAUCAUCACCUUUGCAGAGCCAGGUGACUCUCUGAACACCGUGACGUUUGCCAUUUCGGAGGAGGGUGACAGCUUGUCGGUGGUAGAGGAGGCGAAUGUCUGGAUCUUCUUGAAGGUGUCGAAGGGAAACCGAGUGAAAGGUAAAGUGAUGCUGCAGCUCCUGCAGCUUCAUCAAGAAGAUCACAAUAAAGAGGAGGAGGAGGAGGAGUGUGUCUCAGAGAAGAUGGUGGACACUCGCCGCAGCGGCUGGCACACCCUCGCUGUCUCUCAGAGCAUUCAGACUCUGCUUGAUGGUGGCCGCAGCUCGCUCAGGCUGCGGGUUUCCUGCCUGAUGUGUGCAGAGGCUGGAGCCUCGCCCAUUCUGGUGCCAGCCAAGGCAGAGCGAGCUGGAGGCCGAGAUCAGUCUCACCGACCGUUCCUCAUGGUGGUGCUGCGCGCUCGAGAGGAGGCGACUCAACGAAGAGUCAAACGAGGUCUGGAGUGUGACGGGAAAAUAAACGUCUGCUGCAAACGACAGUUUUACGUGAACUUCAGAGACAUUGGCUGGAACGACUGGAUUAUCGCUCCAUCCGGUUACCAUGCCAACUACUGUGAGGGCGACUGUCCGAACCAUAUGGCGAGCAUCAGCGGCUCAUCACUCUCCUUCCAUUCAGCAGUCAUCAAUCAUUAUCGUAUGAGGGGUUACAGUCCAUUUCAAAACAUCAAGUCGUGCUGUGUACCGACAAGGCUACGUGCAAUGUCGAUGCUCUACUACAACGAAGAGCAGAAGAUCAUCAAGAAAGACAUCCAGAACAUGAUCGUGGAGGAGUGUGGCUGCUCGUAAACAUUUGUAAAGACUUUAGAAACACUUCCUGUUUCCUGCAGGAAAAACAUCAGUUCAGCACUUUCCCAGUAAAGAUAAAGUAUUUAUGUUUAGUGAUGAAGCAUUGUGUUUCUUAUUGGGAGAGACUUUUUUCCACAUUGGAAUGGCCUGACAAUACUAUGCAACACGUAACCUGUCGACAUUUAUAUGUGUGCUUUGUCUUUUUGUCUCUUCUUAUAGAAAAGGAGGGGUCAGGUUGUCUCUAGAAAGUGGAGGUUCAUUUAUAAGUGGAUCUGUUAUCUAUAAAGUGCAAAAAUAAAUGUAGCUGUAUUCAUGCUCAGUUGAGUUAUAAACAGUACUUAGCGGUCAAAAAGGUCAACUUUUGCCCUACAUGAAUAACUGGAGAUGAGCCAACUAAUUUCUGAAUGAAUUUAAUGGAUUUGAAUUAUAAAGAUAUUUACUGGAACACAUUUGCAUACCUGUGUAGAUCAGUAUCCACUUUAUGCAAGUAUAAGGAAUUUAUCCUGAAGUGGCAACUUUAUACUAGUUAUUUAACGGCUCAUCUUCAUCUGCUGAUUCUCACUACUCACUAAUAUUCUCAUCUGAACAGUCACAAUAGCACAAUAGUUGAUUAAUGCAUGCUUGUGUUUAAUCAGGAUACUGGAUAAUGCAUCCAUGCCCUCUCAGUUUAGUACAACUGUACCAGUGUAGUUCCUGGUGCUGAGCCAGUACUGGCAGAGAGCAGUAUUGUAUCUGCCUCGGGAUGCUUGAAGACAUAGACCCAGCUGUCCACACCAGUGCUCUGGUUGGUUGAAGCCUCUCCCUCACAGUGUAUUAUGAUGUCACUCGACCAGUUUGUGUCUUCAACUGUUCCUUCAUAAGCUUCUGCAGUAUGAACCUGUUUCCUGAAUCGACCAUGAGUUGGUUGAACUCAACAGCUCCUUAUAGGAAUUGAACCAAACUGUGAGGACAUGGACGUGUUUGUCCAAACUAUAAGGUGAUCUGCUGAUUAAACUCUGGCAGUGACCUCUGGGUUCCCUGAGUUAGGGUUAGGGAGAAGAAAAGGUGUUUAUUGAUCCUGAUUCUGAGUAGUUGAGUCUGGAGUUAGAAGACAGACUCAUAUGAAGAUAAUUUUCAUAAUUUUCUAUGCAGAGGGUGCAUAUGUUACCGGUGGGCAGGCCAGAGCUUCUAAAGCCGUGUUUCAACCAAGCAGUCUAGGAGUGCAAUGGGUCACAAAACUCACAGCACUCACUGAUUAGUUACAGGUCAUGAGUAAUAGUCUGUCACAGACAGACUGAGACUGAAGCUGAUUCAGUGAGUGGAGCUGAGUAUUGAGGGGAAGGCUGCAGACAUUACUGAAACAUCACAAUCUAAUGAUCAAUUUCAACGACAACAAGCAUUUCCAGUUUCCCAGUUACACCACUGACAAAGUCCCAGCCUACAGGAUUUAACCAAGCAAUGGUUUUUAAAUCAGUCAUUCUUCCAAUCAUUGCACUUCAGUGUAAAACAGCUUGUCGGUCUUUUCGAUCCAGCCCUCCAUCAACAUUUAGGCAAUUAUUACUUUAAAAAAUAACAACUGUACUUUAUACUAUGGUGGUUUAAUCUUUUCUGCAGUUCACAUACAAUGCCAAAUUGAGGGGGGACGUCUAUACAGAUCACAGAUCAACUAUAAUCUGCUGUACUACUUAAGUAGUCAUGCCCACCCCACCCCGAUCCAGUCCAGUUCAGUUUGUUACAUAUUGGAAUAGGGUUAGUUAUUUUUGUGUUUCAUUUAGCAAAAGUUGUGCAGGAUAGCCCAUUUAUACCAUUCAUUUUUUCUCUGGUUUCUUGCAACAGUCUUUUGUCUUGUAGCCUUUCCUCAAACAUAGCUUGCAUAAUGUGUGUGUGGUUGAGCGAGUCAGAGAGAGUGAGCAUUAGAAAAGUAACAGUGAAUGGAGCAUUGAGGAGGAAAAAAGUUAGCGGUAAGUUGUCAGUCUGGCAAACAUACAGUAUAUAUUACAAGACCAAGAAAAGUCUCACUGUUUACCAGAUACUGGAAAAGUAAAGAGGAUUAGUCCUAAAGCCCCAGUACCUACCCUACCUACAUAAAGAGUACUGUCUACAGUCGAAACACAAACCAGAUCUAUGGUUUAGGUACAGCUAGGUGGGUUAAGUACAGUUUUCAACAGUGUUUGACUGUGUUUGGUUAAAACAUGGCUCAAGUGGUGCACACAGAAGAAGUGUACAAUCCGACUCAUUGGAUGUUCAUGUGGCAAGAACAAACUAUGUGACGUAUUGUCAGCUCUCAUAGAGCUGUAUUUCAGCAGUGGAAGCUAAAUUAAAAACGUUUUUUAAAACUUCAUAGAUAACAAAUCCACUGAGAAACAAACCACAAUCACAGAGGUGCUGGAGAUGAGCAGUCUAAUGUGAGAGGAUCAUUCUGAUAUGUUCCACUGUUUACUGAAGGUUUAACCUGUGUUAAAAUCUCUGAUGUAGAGAUACUUGAAAAAAACAUGUUCAACUGGCUGCUGGAGCCAAACAUUAUCAUUAUUAUUAUUAUUAUUAUUAUUAUUAUUAAUAAUAAUAUAAUUAUAUAUUAUAUUAUAUCUAUUAUGUGUUAUUAUGAAAUAAGUUGAAUGUUGAUAACAUGUUUUGCAUUCCUGGCAGAGAUUUCGAUCAGAAGAAAGCCAAAGACACUCAACAGUGAAGUUUAAACAAACUGUGAUUAAAAGUGUCAGUUAAUGAGCUGUGAGUAUUUUUAGUAUAAAUUAUUGAACACUUUAUAAGUUUUUGGUUGUUUCUUCAUUGUAGAAAAAAAGAAAGAAAUGUUACUGCCAACUUUAUAUAAUUUAUUUGAU